AUGAACACAGAAAGACCAGAAGAUGAAAAUAUGCUGCCAAAGGCAACUGUGGACAGAAUGGUUGCAUCAAUGCUUCCAAAAAGCUCGAUUGUUCCAAAGGAGUCGAAAGAGAUGUUUCAGAAUGGAUGCAUUUGCUUCUUGAACAUGCUGACGCUCGAGGCAAACAAAGUAUGUGAAGAGGAGAAGAAAAAAACCAUGAGCCACGAGCACAUCUACAAGGCAUUGAAAAACCUUGGAUUUGAAAGCUAUGUUGAAGAAUGCAUCAAGGAGCAUCGGAACUAUGAAAGCUACAUCAAGCAGAAACCUUCGAAAAUUGACAAGCUCAAGGACUCUGGCUUGAGCAUGGAAGAGUUGCAUGACCAGCAAGAAAAGCUCUUCAAAAUCGCAAAGAUCGAGCUUGAAAAGUCAUUUGAGGAUGAUCCAUGUACUGACAACAACGACAGUGAAGGGGAAGACGAUAUCGAAUAG